AAAACAGAAAAUUAAAUUAACAUGGCAAAUUUUAUUAGACAUUUUUGUGUUAGGGGAAGUGCAAGUUUCAGUGGCUUAAAGCCUGUCAUGUCAUCAAUUUCAAACAGUCAGAGGCUUUACUCCUCUGCCUUAUUUGUUCCUGGAAAUAAGGCAAACAAAACUUUCACAUACUUAACUCCAAAUAUAGAUUUCAGUGAUUACUUUGCAGACAUACAAAACCUACAAAAAGAACUCAAUCAACGAGAUAUUAAAAUUGAUGCUCAAGAGUUGAAAAAAGCAUGGGAUUACUAUCAGUUUGUAAGAUCGAAUAGAGAUGCUUUGGAAGAAAAACUUUCCAUAGUCAAUGGUCAAUUGCAAGAAUUUUUUAAAAAUAACGACCUAUCAGCGGAUGAUCUAAAACGUAAAGAAGAUUUACAACAUCAAAACAAACUCAUAAAGCAAGACAUAAAAGCAAUUAAAGAAGCUGCUUGGGAACUUGAAGAAUCCGUCAUCCCACAAGUUCUGAAGCUACCAAAUGAGACUGACAAGCGUACUCCAAUAGAAAGUCCUCUUUUAUUGAAAAGUGUAGGUGAGAAAUCCAACUUUAUCAACAGAGAAAGACACAGUCACUUAGAUAUCGGUAAAAAUUUAGGCUUGCUGGAGUACAAGAACCCAAUACAAUAUUACUUGUGCGACAAGGCAGCACUUUUCGAACUUGAAGCCUUAGCCCUAGCUGGUGAAAUCCUCAAACAAAGUAACUCCAUGAGAGUAGCUCUACCAGACUUUUGUCGAAGUAUCAUAGUCGAGGGUUGUGGUAUGGACCACGAGAGCUCGGUAGAAUCUUUUAUGCUGCAAAACGACACCGACGUCAAGGAAGAGUAUUUGGUGAAUCGCUUGCAUUUAGUGGGAGGUGCCAGUUUACCUGCUAUGCUUGCCAUGUACACAAAACAGGCCUUCAAACCAUCCGAUUUUCCAAUAAGGAUAUUCUCGGCUGGCCGGCAUUACACACCUUUCCCCAGCUCUUUGACGGUCCAGCACGGCCUCUUCUCAGUCUGUCAAGCAUCAGCGGUACAGGCUUUGACCCUCGUCAAGGACAAAGACAGCAAAGAGUACAAAGAAGAAUUUGAAAGAUUGAUCGAAGCAGCCACAAAAAUCUACAACGAUAUCGGCUGCCAUUAUCGCGUGGUCAUCAGGCCAGCCAAGGAGUUGAAUUUAGCCGAAAGCAUGAGACUUUCCUUUGAAAUGUAUUCCGUGCAUGCCGAUCAGUAUGUGGAAAUCGGACACGUUUCUGCGUGUGGCGAUUACUUCUCCAAGAGGCUGAUGAUCGCUUGCCCGACGACGACGAGUGUCGGCUAUCCGGCUGCUGUUUCUGGCACUCUGCUGUCUGUUCCCAAGAUGCUAGGCUGUUUGAUCGAAGAGAAUCCGGAUGAGUUUGUCACACCAGAGAAGUUGAGAGGAUUAUUCGAUUGAUCGUCAUGUUGAAAGGUAGAGAAAAUGUUUGUUGAAGUAUUGAUUUGUCGAAAUGUAAAUAUAUACAUAACACUGUUUUUAAAUAAAAUUUAAAAUCAAACGAAA